AUGUCGCAGAAUGGAUACUUUGAGGAUGCAGGCUACCUCAAGUGUGACACAGAUGACGCCUCUGAAACCCGUGAGGAGAGCCUGAGGGAUGAGGCCUUCGACACGGUCAACUCCUCCAUUGUGUCUGGUGAAAGCAUCCGCUUUUUUGUCAACGUCAACCUCGAGGUGCAGCCUACCCAGUCUGCAGAGAGUGAAUCACCGGGCGGCUAUGGGCUCCUACACACCUCCCGCAAGUACCUGAAGUUAAAGAACUUUGAGGAAGAGAUCCGUGCACACCGGGACUUAGAUGGCUUCCUGGCACGGGCCAGAAUCAUCCUGGAUGAAACGGCCACCUCCCUGGAUGACGUGCUGCGGGCUAUGCUGUACCGCUUAGCCCAAGACCCUUACAACACCGAGCCAGAGUGCAACCUGGACCUGCUCACGGCCAUGCUCUUCACUGACGGAGGGGCUCCCAUGGAGGGCAAAGUUCACCUGCUGUCGGACACCAUCCAAGGGGUCACUGCCACAGUAACGGGGGUACAAUACCAGCAGUCAUGGAUCUGCAUCCUCUGUACCUCCAAGGCCCUGCUGAGGCGACACGUGUGCAUCAGCCGCCUGGUCCGCCCGCAGAACUGGGGGCAGAAUUCCUGUGAGGUGCGGUUUGUCAUCCUGGUGCUGGCCCCACCCAAGAUGAAAAGCACCAAGACCGCCACAGAAGUGGGGCGCACAUUUGCCACCAUGAUGUUAGACAUCACCUUCCGCCAGAAGCUCCUGAAGACCCGCACAGAGGAGGAAUUCAAAGAAGCCCUGGUCCAUCAGAGACAGCUGCUCACCGUAAUGAGCCACUGUCCGAGUAUCAGCAUGGAUUACAGCACGAGCUCCAUCUGCAUCGUCAGACCCCCACAGCCCCCACAGCAGAAGGACUUUCUCCCCAUGGGGAAGGGCAUCCAGGAGGACAUCGCCCGCAGGUUCCCCGUGUACCCACUGGACUUCACUGACGGCAUCAUUGGGAAAAACAAGGCUGUGGGCAAAUACAUCACCACCACCCUGUUCCUCUACUUCGCCUGCCUGCUGCCCACAAUUGCUUUUGGGUCCCUCAAUGAUGAGAACACAAAUGGAGCCAUCGACGUGCAGAAGACCGUGGCCGGGCAGGGCAUCGGAGGCAUCCUGUACGCGCUCUUCUCUGGGCAGCCGCUGGUGGUGCUGCUGACAACCGCGCCCCUGGCCCUCUACAUCAACGUAAUCCGUGACAUCUGCGAUGACUACAAUCUGGACUUCAGUACCUUCUAUGCGUGGACAGGCCUGUGGAACAGUUUCUUCCUCACACUUUAUGCCCUCUUCAACCUCAGCCUGGUCAUGAGUCUUUUCAAGAGGUCAACAGAGGAGAUCAUUGCCUUGUUCAUUUCUAUCACAUUCAUCCUAGAUGCUAUCAAGGGCACAGUCAAGAUCUUCCAGAAGUACUACUAUGGCCGUGACACUGGACUCUUCUUCAAAGAUAAGUCCUCCUUGGUGAGCCUGCUGGACCUCAAUAGUAGCCUCCACACUGCCCUCAACACCAGCUUCCUGACCAGCCCACCGGAGCUAACUUCAACGGGCAGCCAGGACUCCGAGCCCCUGGCCCGGGAUACAGCUGUGCUCAGCCUCCUCAUCAUGCUUGGCACGCUCUGGCUGAGCUACACCCUCUACCAGUUGAAGAAGAGCCCCUACCUGCACCCCUACGUGCGUGAGCUCCUGUCAGACUGCGCCUUGCCCAUUUCGGUGCUUACCUUCUCCCUCAUCUCUUCCUAUGGCUUCCAGGAGAUUAAGAUGGUCAAGUUUCGCUACAGCUUGAGUGACAGCCUGUUCGAGAUAGCUGAGAUGCACUCGCUAUCCCUGGUGGCCAUCAGCAGCGCCAUGGGCCUCGGCUUCCUCCUCUCCAUGCUCUUCUUCAUAGAGCAGAACCUGGUGGCUGCCUUGGCUAACGCCCCACAGAACAGGCUGGUAAAGGGCACUGCCUACCACUGGGACCUCCUGCUCAUUGCCAUCAUCAAUACUGGGCUGUCUCUGUUUGGGCUGCCCUGGAUCCAUGCUGCCUACCCCCACUCCCUGCUGCACGUGCGAGCACUGGCUUUAGUGGAGGAGCAUGUAGAGAACGGGCACAUUUAUGAGACGAUUGUGAACGUGAAGGAGACUCGGCUGACCUCCCUGGGCGCCAGCGUCCUGGUGGGCUUCUCCCUCCUGCUGCUGCCCUUCCCACUGCAGUGGAUCCCCAAGCCCGUGCUCUAUGGCCUCUUCCUCUACCUCGCGCUCACCUCCAUCGACGGCAACCAGCUCUUUCAGCGCAUGGUGCUGCUGCUCAAGGACCAGACGUCAUACCCACCCACCCACUACAUCCGGAGGGUGCCCCAGAGGAAGAUCCACUACUUCACAGGCCUGCAGGUCCUGCAGCUGCUGCUGCUCUGUGCCUUUGGCAUGAGCCCACUGCUCUACAUGAAGAUGGUCUUUCCCCUCAUCAUGAUUGCCAUGAUCCCCAUUCGCUACAACGUGCUGCCCCAAAUCAUUGAAGCCAAGUACUUGGAUGCCAUGGACGCUGAACACUGA